AUGGCUUCCUUAGGUGAGGCAAAGUUCAAAAUUAGACAGUUUCAGAAGUGGAACCCUAUAAAAAAACUCUCCUGCUGGCAGAUCUAGCAACAAAUCACAAGUGAUCUAACUCAGUGUCUAGAUUCCAUGUUGAAAAGUUCACAAUUCUACAAACCAGGUGAUUCACUCUGACAUGUUGGGGCAAGAGUGCCUAUAGCUCAGACAGCCCAGAAAAAUUAUCAGAAUAAUGACUAUAAAAAUGGCUUCAGGGAUGUCUCCAACUUUGAUCUUCAUCAACAGAUCUGCUCAGAAGAGAAAUCUCAUACAUGCAGUGACUGGGGAAAGAACUUCUGUUACAGCUCUGCACUUUGUAUUCAUCAGAGAGUUCACUUGGGAGAGACACGGUAUAAGUGUGAUGAGUGUGGCAAAGAAUAGAGUUCACAUCUGCAAGCGCAUCAGGAAGUCCACACUGCAGAGAAAUUUAAACCUGAGCAGUGUGGGAGAGGCUUCAACCAUCGAGCAACACUUCAUGUUCAUUGUAAAGGCCACACAGGAGAGAAACCUUACAAUUACAGGGAGUGUGGAAGGGCUUUCACUCAUGCCUUGCAUCUUCAAGAACAUCAGAGAAUCCACACCGGAGAGAAACUAUUCAAAUGUAGCAUAUGUGGUAAAAGCUUCCAUCUUAGAUCAGCAUUUAAUUGCAUAAAUCUCACGGAAGAGGAAACAUACAAAUGCUUAGAAUGAGGGAAGUGCUUCACUUGUAGUUCUAAUCUUUACAGCCAUCAGAGACUGCACACAAGAAAAAAAAAUACAAAUGCUAGGGCUGUGGGAAAAGCUUCAUUCAAACAUGACAGUUUCGUGUCCAUAGGAGAUUCCACACAGGAGAGAAACCAUAUGCAUGUAACUUGUGUUGUAGGGGCUUCAAAGUUUUCAAGCUUAUCAUGGAAUACAUAGGUGAGAAACCAUACAAAUGUAAUGAGUGUGGGAAGAGCUUUAGGAUGAAAGUUCAUCAUCAGCUCUAUUUGAUAGACCACACCGGAGAGAAACCCUACAAAUGUGAGGUCUGUGGGAAGGGUUUCUGGCAGAGUUCCUAUCUCAAAAUCCACCUGAAUUAGGAGAGUAUUUCCCACAGUGUUGGGAAACCUUAUAAGUGUGAGGAGUGGGCAAGGCUUCACCUAGAGUUCCAGGUUUCAGAUUCACCAGCUGAGCCACACGAGUAAAAAGCCAUAGAAGCAUGAAGAAUGUGGGAAGGGAUUCAGUCGCAGAGCAGAUCUUAAAAUCCACUGUAGAAUCCACACAGGAGAGAAGCCCUAUCAUUGUGAGGAGUGUGGGAAAGUCUUCAGGCAGGCCUCAAUUUAGUUGGCCCACCAGCAAGUCCACAGUGGGGAGAAACCAUUCAGAUGUGAAGUGUGUGGGAAGAGCUUCAGCCACAGUUCUCACCUGCAGGCCCACCAGAAAGUCCACACGGGGCGAAGCCCUACAAAUGUGUGUGGGAAAGGCUUCAAGAGGAGUUGAAUCUUGACAUGUGCCAGAGGGUGCCAUACAAGUGUGGGGAGUGUGGCAAGCACUUUAGUGAGGCCUUCAGUGUUCAGCUUUAUCAG